GAUUGACCCGUGGUUACCUGACCCGAAUCAGCCAAUGGUUAUUACAUCCCCGGUUGAAGGUCUUCAGGAGGCGUGUGUUAGGAAUCUCUUGUGCGAAUCAGGGAAAGAGUGGGACAGGGAUAUUCUUAGUGAUUUAUUCGAGUCCAGGGAUGUUCAAUUAAUUCAAAGCAUUCCUAUUAGUUAUCGGUCUAUUCCGGAUAAAAUUUGCUGGAGAUGGGAAUCAAACGGACAUUUCUCUCUUCGUAGCUGUUACUGGCAGUUGGUUGGAGAGUUUAACUCUCCGAGUUGGCUUGGUUGGACUUUUGUUUGGAGGUGGAAGUUGCCUCCAAAGAUUAAACUUUUCUUUUGGCAGCUCUGCUGCGGGCUAUUGCCGACGAGGGUGAAUUUGAGGUCCCGAGGGGUGGACUGUGUCAUGGAAUAUGGGCUGUGUGGAGAGGAAGUAGAGUCGUCGAGCCAUCUUUUUGUCAAGUGCCCGAUUUCAAAAGAGGCAUGGAAGGAGAUUGGCUGGGCUUGGGCGAGCUGCUCAGACGAUGAUCUCUUGGGGGUGGUGAAGGCAGAAUUCCAGACACGAACGGAGAAGGAAUUGCACAAGAUGGUUUGGGGGUUCUAGGGGCUGUGGGGUGAAAGAAAUAAUAGAGUAUGGAAUGGGGUUCGGAGGGAUCCAAAAUAUAUUUUGUUAAAAACUAAAAUUUUUGUUACAUGAUGGGAAAAUGUUCAAAUUGCAGCUGGUUCACGUGAAGGCAGCAGGAGGAAGGCACGGACAAGCUGGAGCAGACCAAAUGCAAGGCGGGUAAAGCUGAACAUUGAUGCCGCUGUUCGUUCUCAUAUGUGUGGGUGGGGCUGGGUUCUUCGGAAUGAAAAUGGAGAGUUCCUAGCGGCUGCAACAAAGGCGUGGCAGGGGGUUCUAUCGCCCUGGGAAGCUGAAUUGAUUGGCAUUAGGGAGGCACUCAGUUGGACAAAGGAGAAAGGGUGGGAUUUUAUUGAUGUGGAAUCGGAUGCUUUAAGAGCAGUGGCGGAGAUUCAAAGCGGUUCGAGUGUUGAUGCAGCAGGCAUGGUAGCGGAAGACAUACGUGAUAUUAGCUCAAGGAUGUUGAACGUUUCCUUUGGUCAUGUUAGACGAUCUGCGAACAUGGUAGCUCAUGAGCUCGCUCAAGCUGCGUGUUCUACGUCUGAUUGUCGUUCUUGGAUUGAUGUUCCUCCUAAUUUUAUUACUCAUGUAUUGCACAAUGAUUUAAUUAAUGAUAAUUAAA